UGGUCAGACAACUAUAGUUCCAUCAGGAAGUGGAAUAAAUGAUGCAAUGAGCUUGUGGAAGUAUCUUCUUGUUGCUAUAAAUACUGGCAUGUGCAGAAGCUGCAACUAUCUCUCAAAACCAACAAAAUCACAUCAUAGCAAACGCAAGAAAAUCUCCAACCAACAUGUGCAGUUUAUCGACAUUUGCACUCCUGUUGGCUAUCACUACCACACUUGCAUCUGCAAGUCCGGUAUUGAAAAGACAGUGCCGCAUUAGAGGAAGUAUCGCUGAUAAAACCUACAAGUGUCAUGCACUCCCAAAGGAAGUGAGUGACUACUGUGGCUAUAACAUCACUGUUCUUCCAAAUGCUAGAGGACAUGAAACCGUUGGGGAAGUGCUUGGUGAAUUCAAUCAUUUUGAACCUCUGUUGACUGAUUCUCCUUGUUCUGAUCAUGUUGGAGUACUAUUAUGCUUUCAUUACUUCCCUUUCUUGAACUGUACAUCUGGGCAAGACGUAUCCAAUACAAAAUUUGUAACUAGGCCUUGCAAAGAAACCUGUGUAGCUGUUACUGAAACUGAAUCAUGUACUACACAUGUGAACGCGGCCACUGGAACAGGUUGGCCACCUCAUCUCAACUGUGAUACUGAGAAGAAUUUUCCUACAUCUGGAGUUUGUAGUAAUCUGAGCGCUACAAUCAAUAAAAACUACACUGUGCAACGACCUUCGAAUUCAACAAAUGACUCAAUGCCAGAAGUAACAACAUCAGCAUCAACUACACCAAAGCCAGAGGUUACUAAUCCAACUGAAACUCCCACAACGAAAGGUCCUUCAUGCCCACUAUGCCCCCCAAAGACCAACACAUGCAACAUCAGAAAUGCUACUAAUUCUAAAAGUUUCACCCGAAAUAUGAAAUAUUCGUAUGCUAUUAAAGCAACUAUCACUCAGCAGACGGGUUGCAACACUUACCAAAUAGAAGUCCACGAGUCGUUUGAUGUACACACAUGUAGAGGUAGUGUAAUGCAAGAUCCAAUACUCAUAGCAACGGGUACAGCAACACUUCAUACGAGUGAUGGUCAUUGCUCCAAUCUCAUGGCCAAAAUGAAUACACCUGUUCUUAUAGCAGGAACACACACUGGCAGUGGAACAAAUGGUUUUCAAUUGCACCUUGGUUGUACUAGGAAAACUGGAUUGAUUGCUGAUUGGAUUCCUAAGUAUACAACUGAUCUGCUGAGACUCUGGAUUAAUAAUAGGACAUGUCUUCCUCCUAUUUAG